GAAGGAUUGUAUCUAAGAAUAAAAAAAUAUUUUUUUUGUUUUGAAUAUAGUCAUACUUGGUACUAUUUACUAUCCUCGAGCUGAAUCCAUAGUUGAAGUCAAUCGAUAAAAAAUUAAGAAGAAAUAUUCAACCAUUACUUAUACUUUUACUCUAAUUUCCGUUUAGAUUUGAAAAUGAGCGAUUUUAGACUAGGGUAUAGAAAUAAAUAUGAACUAUGUCUGAAAUUUUCCACAUAAUCCAAAGCCCAUUAAAUAGUCGAAACUCAAAUAACUUCAAAUCAAAAUUUUGAAAAAAAUAUGGUUUUGGUUUUAAAAAUACAUUCACGGUCAUGGUCUUGACACACCCUUUAUAAACUUUUAUUUUGAAAUUUCAGCAUCUAGCAGCAGUUUUAUAUGAAAUCUUCUUAUAUUCCAAAUAUAUAUUUAUUUCUGUAUGUGCAUGGACAAUAAUAUUCACAAUUAGCCCGAUAUUCGUGAUUUAUAGAAAACUUAUCGAUGUUUUACUGAAAAUUAAAUAUAAAAAUAAAUAUGGAGGUUUGCUGGAUAGAAGCGAUUGCGUGUUUUUGAAACCCAACUUGUCAAUGAGCUGCACCAUAACGACGGUUUUUAUAGUAAAAACAGAAAAAGAAAAAAAUAUUUUCAAUGAUGUUAGAUUGCGAUUGAAAGAAAAAAUUUUCGAUGAACCAAAUUGGUAUCCAAAACUGAGUCAUUCCAUACAUGAUUUUGGAGGAUAUGCUUAUUUAUUAAAUAACAAUCGUGAAGUAGAUGAUGCAGUUAAACUCAUGGCAGUUCCCAGCAAUGUACAAUUUGAUGAGGAAUAUCUUAAGACAAUUACCGCAGAAAUAAAUAGUUCUGAGCUAUCAAUAAAUAAUUCACUUCUUUGGUAUGUGUAUGUAAGCGAUAAACCUCUACAAAAUCAAGGGAAUGAUAAUUUUUAUCGUUAUUCCAUAAUAUUUCGCUUCCACCAUGCAGUUGGUGAUGGUACAUCACUAGUUGCUUUACUCAUAAGAUUGUUGGGAACUGAAUCUUCACAAAAUUAUAACGAAAAGUUAUUCAAAAAAUUAUUUGCCGGUAAAAAUUCAGAACCAGGCAAAAAUAGAACUUAUAAAUAUUACCUGCUAAACAUGUUCAAAUUCAUACAAUUUUGGUUCACCGUCAUUUUUAUUUCUAUCGGAAGAUUCCAAAAUAAAAACCUUCUUGAGCCAGCAGACAAAAAUGCUUUGCACAGUUCAAAAUUGAGCGGAAAAAAAACUGUGGCAUGGGGUACAGAAGACUAUCCAGAAUGUCUUAAUAUGGUGAAAAAUGUUAAAAACCGUUUACCUAAUGCUACAUUUAGUAUAGUCGUAGCUACAGCCAUAUCCAACAGUAUGACAAGCUUUUUUAAAAGAAAUUCGCUACCAGUACCAGAUUUCACUACCGGUCUAAUGAUCAUCCUUUUAAAAUUUCCUGAUACGGUUCCAUCUAAGCAGGUACGACUGGAAAAUAAGGCAACAACUUUAUUAUUGGACUUGCCAUCUACACAUAAAUCUGAAUCUUUGUUGAGUGCACUAAAAAAUGUAACUAUGCAAAUGGAAAGUCAGCUUAGUUACGCAGAUGCUUUGGUAGUCCGUUUUGCAGCCGCUGAACUUUUCGGUUAUCUACCCAUUAAUUUAGGAAACGAAAUCGUAGGAUUUAAUAAGCAAACAUUUAUUUUAACAAAUGUGCCUGGCGGGUCAGUAAUCAAAAUUUUUGAUGGUUGUGUUGUUGAAAAAGUUAUUCCUAUUGCUCCGAAUCUCAGACAUGCGGCUGUAUCUUUUGCCCUACUGACGUACGAUGAUCGAUUUCAAAUAGGACUUUUGGUGGACAAGGCUCUUGUAAAUUCCCAGGAUGAAGCUAAAAAAAUUGUGGAUGAUAUACUGGAAAGUAUUAAAGUAUUAGACAAGGAAUCUCAACUUUUACUUGACUAGAAUGGGUUUUUUGUUAAUACUUUUCCUUUGAUAUGUAAUAUAGGAAAGCUUUUUGAAGAAAUAGGUAAAUCUCUUUAUUUUCUAUGAAUUUCGGGCUAUAAGUAGGUACAUUUUGUUAUUUUAUUGGAUGCAUAAUGUGCCGAAAUGGAACAAAAUAAACUAAUUAAAAAGCUAUUUCUAUUAAAUUUAAGUUCGUGACGCGGGGCAAUUAUUUAGGUAGGUAAAGGUAUCAAAUUAACUAGACCAAAUAGUAUUUAAGAGAAAUCAAAUAAAUUGCCUAAAACUAUACUUG